AUGGAAACUUGGGAAGAACGUAAAGCAGAAGAUGGGCGUCUUUUUUAUUUAAAUACAAAGGUAUUUUCUAUAUAGAGUAAUGAAACUAGCUGGAUACGCCCUGAGGAUAACAAAGAUCCCAAAACAAACCCUACAGAAUGGGAAGAAAGCAUCACCCAAAGUGGGAAAAUUUACUACAUAAACCAAAGGACGUCAGAAACGUCAUGGGAAAUUCCAGCUGAAGUCCAAGAAUGGAAAAAUAAAGUUUCUGCUUUAAAUCUCCAAGAAAAAUUAAUUCAGGAAAAUUCAGACGCAGAAGAAUGUGAAGAAGGACAAAUUCCUGACGAGUUUUUAGAUAAGGAUGGAAAUCCUACAAGAAAAGAAGAAAUUAAACAAGCUUAUGUACAAAUGUUUCAAGAAGCAGGGGUGACUUCUACAUGAAAAUGGGAAGAUUUCCAUAGAAUAAUGAGAGAUGAUCCACGAUUUAAUAUUAUUUUUUCGAUAAAUUGUAUUUUAAAAUUUUUUUAAAAAAAAUAUGGAAAUUUAUGAAAAUUGGUAUAUGAUGAAAAAUAUUGCUCCCAAAAAACAAAUUUUCCAGGAAUAUGCACAGAUGCUGAAAAGAAAAGACAGAGAAGACGCAAAAAAGAAAAAACAAGUCGCGAGAGAAAAUUUUAUGAAAAUGCUGGACUCUUCAGGGAUUUUGCGCGCUGAAUCAAAAUAUUAUAAGACUGCACAUUUUUUCCAAGGAGACCCAAGGUGGAGAAUUUUAGAAGAAAAAGAAAGGGAAGAGCUUUUUCAGGACUUUUUAGAUGAGCUCGAAAGAAGAGAUAGAGAAAAACAAAGGCAGCUGAGAAAGCAGCAAAUGCAAAGUUUGAGGAAAUUAUUGGAUGACAGAGAGGAUAUCGACCAUACCAUGAAAUGGGGAAUCAUACAAAGACUGCUUGCUGAGCAUCCUUUAUUUAAAGCAAUUGACAAGUUAGACCAGCUAACAGUGUUCAGUGAAUAUGUUUUGGAUACUGAAAAGCAGGUAAGUGAAGCUAAAAGACUAGAAGAGCGCACAAAGGCUAGAAAAAGAAGAGAAGCUUUUAGAGAGCUAUUAGAAGAUCUAGUGAAAACUGGAGAAAUCAAUGCUGCUUCUCAUUGGCGGCCAAUAGUCCAAAAAAUAAAAGAUGACCCGCGAUAUCUCAAUUUAGUCGGCCAGCCAGGAUCAUCCCCUCAAGAACUCUACUCCGACAUAAUAGAAAGAGAAAAAGAAAAAAUAAAAGACCACAAAGAAGCCUUAUCAGACUCCCUCCUUAAUUUCCAAAUCACCCCUACCACCACUUAUGAAGAUAUUUUAGAGCAUUCCAGAGAAGCCCUCGACUCAAUCCCUGACAACCUUCGUGUCAUUGUUUUUCGUGUCCUCUAUGACGAAGCCAUGAUUGAUUUAAAAGACAAAGAAAGAAAAACCCAAAAAGAGCUCAACAAAUACGACGACUACUUAAAAUCCAACGCAAAUAUCGCCUCAAAUUCUACAUAUACAGAAUUCGAAAACGAAAUAAAAGAAAAAUUCGUGAAUUUAUCAGACACCCAGCUCAGAGAUAUUUUUAAUAAAUUCGUGGAAAAAUUAAAAGAUGAAGAAGCAAGCGAAAUCGAGCCUGGAGAAAUAAAAAAUAAAAAGAGAGACAGGAAGGAAAAGGACCAUAAAAAGCAUAAGCAUGAUGAGAAGCAUAAGCACAAGCACAGAAGUUCGAGAUCCCCAGUAAAAUUCAUAUAGAGUCAUAAAAAGCAUAAGCAUAAACACAAGUAUCAAGAUUAA